AUGACUUCUAAGCAACCUCAGACGCCGCUGCUCAACGACUUCCCAGAACUCUCCACUUUAUCACGAGAAGAUCUAGAGGACAUGAUGUCCGAUCAGACGUACUUCCAAGCUAUAUUCCACUCGCUCGAGCAAGUAAAGUCCUUAUAUCAAGCGCAAGCAGAAUUGGGGAUGGCGAAUGAGACGAUCGCCAGAAACAAUUUGGCGCAGCAGGACGAUCUGUACCGAAUCCGUGCAGAAACUCAGGCUGCAUUUGACGAAGCGAAAGCCUUGGAGUCCCGAUGGAAGGAACUCGAGAAAGAGCAGAAGGAACUAUAUCAGCGAUUUACGCCUCAAUUUCUGCUGAUGCGAUUGCGGCAUGCUACAACCGAACAGGAUGAUAUUUCGGAGGCACGCGCGUCCACAUUGAUUGGUUCGUCUUCGGACGGACCCGCGGACUCGUCUACGCUGAGUGGGCGCGACAUCGACGACUUCGUCAAGGAUUUUAAAGAGCUUCGGAAGGUCUACCACAAACGCGUGAUAUGGGGCGACAGAUGGUCCGCAGGGGACGUUGCUUGGCCAGAGGACGAAUGA